CUCAUUCUCGUCCUCGGACCUUGUCUUUAACAAACCUUGUUGCAUAGGGAUCAGUCAGGGGUGCAAACAGCAGGUGGCUGUUCCACAACAUGCAAAACAACAAAGCACACCUGCUUCGACUCAGAAAAACGGGCCUCGCCGGGUCAAGUCGGUUCAGCGCCAAUUGGCUGGAUAACGGCGGCGCAAGCGAUUGCUGCACGGUCAAGUCGCCUCGACUGCUGGGUCUAAUGACAUAAUGCCCAGCAAGCCCAGGUGCUAAUUAUGGAGCUCUCUCCAUCCCCGACUCCUGGGCCGGGCUGUCUGGCUGUCUGGGGUGAGACUCUUUAGAUUGAUGAUUUCCGUGACGGACAACCAAAGCGGUCGCGGACAAUUGGAGUCGGCUUGCUCGCUCUGUCGCCCGCCCGCCCGCCUGUCCAUCCACCGUCCUCUCUCCUGCCAGCCUGCCAGCCAGCCAGCCGCUCGCCCCGGCAUCCCUCGAGGAUUUCCUGUCGAUGAUGUUGUCUGUUGAUCAGUGAGCGGUCUGUCAACACCAUCUCAAAGUAAAGCAGGCCCCACCGGGCUUUGCGUGCAGUCUCGUGCCAGCCGCCAAGGCGCAAUGGCAACACCCAGCUGUACGACCAGGUUCGCGCAGUCAAUCCGGCCACACCUGCAGUCAAUUGCUCGCUCUUCGGGGCUGCCUCGGCCCUCAAACCACAUCAGGCCACCGCCGCGGAUGCCUUCAAAAUACAGGAAGCUCUCCACAACACCGGUGCUGGGCUCGCAGCAACCGCCGAAGCAGUUCACCUACAACGUCGCCGCCUCCUACAUCGCGAAAGAUCGGCCGUACGACCCCUCGACCCACAUCUUCCACUUUAACCCCUACAACCGGGUCCAGCCUCCACGGAAACACACCAAGCGCACCCGCCCCGACAGCGGCCAGGAUGCCUUCUUCGUCACGCGGCUGAACGGGACGGGCGGCGUCGCCCUCGGCGUGGCAGACGGGGUCGGCGGGUGGAUGGACUCGGGUGUCGACCCGGCAGACUUUUCCCACGGGUUCUGCGACUACAUGGCCGAGGCAGCAUACUCUCACAAGUCGAAUAGCAACGGCAAGCCACAAGCCCUCUCCGCCCGCUCCCUCAUGCAGACGGGCUACGAGGCCAUCUGCGCGGACCCCGCGGUCACGGCCGGCGGGUCGACCGCCAUCGUGGGGCUCCUCGAGCCCGGCGGGACCCUCGAGGUCGCGAACCUGGGGGACAGCGGCUACAUACACCUGCGGCUCAACGCCGUGCACGGGUCCUCGGAGCCCCAGACGCACGCCUUCAACACGCCCUUCCAGCUCUCCAUAAUACCGCCGUGGAUCCUGCGGCGCAUGUCCGCGUUCGGCGGUUCGCAGCUCGCCGACAUGCCCGCCGACGCCGAGGUCUCGCGCCACAGCCUGCGCCACGGCGACGUGCUCGUCUUCGCGACCGACGGCGUGUGGGACAACUUGUUCAACCAGGACAUCCUGCGGAUCGUGAGCGCGGCCAUGGAGCGCAGCGGCGCGUGGGUCCACAGCGACGCCGGCGGGAUCCGGGUCAGGCCGGACCUGUCGGCCUACACGAGCGGCCCGUCUGGCGGCGACGGGGACGGCGGAAAGGCGGUGAGCCUCCAGAGCCUGAUAGCGACCUCGAUCACGGCGGCUGCCAAGGCUGCGAGCGUCAACACCAAGCUGGAUGGGCCUUUUGCCAAGGAGGUCAAGAAGUACUACCCCAUGGAGACGUGGAGGGGUGGCAAGGUGGAUGAUAUCUGCGUCGUGGCCGUCGUGGUUUCGGAGACCACGCCCGAUGACGCCCCGGUCAAGGCCAAGCUAUGAGGAGGCCUGAAGACCACGAUCUGGUUGGGAAAUUCGCAUGGUAGGUCGACAGGCUUAAGAGCCACAGCAGUCCAGGUACGGACCGACGCAUAGACUUGAUUUUGUCGAAUUUGAGCAUGAAGCAAUAUGUGAGAACGAACGCGUCAUGAGUACGCAAGGCUUACUCGCGAGCCCUGCAGUCAGCUGGCCAGAAGAGAAAAGUCAGUUGUACAGUAGAGAUCCGAGAUACAUAGACUACCACAUUCAGACGGCAAGGCAACUUGUGACUGAUGGCGCGGGGGAAAAAAGUCAACAGCAAACAAAGAAAAGAAAUCAUCCAUAUCCCUAUAAAUACACCCAAAGCUUUGUGAGAGUAUAUAUUAAUCAUCUAGCCAUCCCGUGCCAGUCGUCUAGACCCAUCACCGCCCGAAUCGACAACCGCUCGACUCCCACGACGGAGUCCCCGACGACGAUCAACGAGCGCGGCUCCUGCCGAGAUCUGGAAGUUGCCGAGGAGCGCCGCUGUGGAAAAAGAAAAGACAGAAAGGCCCUGCAAGCGCGCAAGCAGAAAGGCACACGCGGCUGAUCCCAAUCUACAGGGACGGAGAUCAACGGCAUCGUUCCGAUCAACCGGCUGAAGCAGACAGACUGAGAAUAUCCCACGAGGAGGAGGAUGGCUCGGUACCCGUAAUGCAUCGGUUUAUCCAUCUCCAUCUAAUCAAUCGAGCCAUGGCAGACGGAUUGGGUGUGAUGGACCCACACAAACUCAAUCCCAACCGACAACACUGUAUGUGUGUGCGCCGCCGAUCCCCCUCGCGACCCUCUCUUAUUAUUUCUAGUCGUUACCUCGAGUUGGCAGUGGGGCCUGACUCAGCCCAGCCCAGCCCAUGGCCUAGCAUUGAACGACCCGCCGGCCUGUCAUCCUGUAUCAAUGCUCAGACGGGGGACCGAAACGCGCCCCAACGUGCAUUGUAAGGCGCGCCUGCAGCUGGCCGGGCCGCGGCCGCGGCCGUUGCAGAUUUGGCGGGGGCCUCGAAGCGAAGCACAAAGGAGAGGGAGGGGUGACGGGAAGCUGCAGGUGCGCAGCUAGCUGCAGACGACUGCAAGCCGCCCGCGAGCUGCGUCUCUGGUGUGCCACUACAGGCAGGGUGACGGGGAGGCGGGCAGGUGGUGGUACUGGGGUCACGGAAGAACCCAUGUUGACAAACAUGUCAUUGCCCAGGUGUCACUCGGGAGCGUCACAAAUUGCUGAAGAUGUCUGUGUGAUGGUUUUGAGGUGGGCCAGAUGAC